CGGGCGGAUGUCGUUCCCAGGAGCGGAGGCUGGGUUAUGGGUGUCGCGGCUGCGGGGGACAGGAGGCGGCGGCGAGCAGCGUGGAAGGACAGGGAGCGGGCAGCCAGCGGGUUGAGGGGAGUCCCAGCGCUGCAGGGGCGAGGGGAGGAGAGGGAGCACGCAGGGGCUGCAGCGAGGCGAGGGCUAUCGGGUGUGUGGCAGCGCGUCAGUGGGAAGCUUCCCUGCCCUGAGAACCGGGAUGCGUAUCACGAAACGGGCAGGAAACGCUCGGUCUGGCUUGAAGCGCAGGGUGAUGGGUCCCGUUCGGUGAUGGGAGAGCCGCAGUGCCGAGGAACUUCGCGUUACCUGAAAGAAGGAAUUGCAGUAGCACGGAAAGGAAUUCUUCCUAAUGGACAGCUGAGCAUAUUGGGACUGGUGAGAUCCUGCAAGCUUGAGCAGGCUGGGCUGGAAUCAUGUUGAACAGAGCAGUGCUGGUGGAGUCGCUGCUGGUGUUCACGGUGGUGCUGUCGGUGCACGCCGUGGUGUGGGACAGGUUCUCCUGGUGCGCCGUGGCUUUGGCCAUCCAGGCUUUCUACGCGCAGUUCAAAUGGGACCGGCUGCUGCAGCUGGGGGGGGCCGUGUUCCAGUUCCGGGGGGCAGCCAACAGCGGCCUGCUGCCUGCCAGCAUGGUCAUGCCCCUGCUGGGGGUGGUGAUGAAGGAGAGGUGCAGGGCUGCUGGCAUCGUGUACUUCGAGCGCUUCGGCAUCGUGGUGGCUUCCACGGGAAUGCUGCUCGCUCUCUUCCUGUCCGUCUUAGCGGUUGGCAUCACCAAGCCAGUGCCAACCAACACCUGCAUCCUGACUGGUAUUGCUGGCAGCGUCAUUAUCUACACCAUGAAGCAUUCCUUGACUGUCUCAGAAGUGAUAGAGGUUCUAGAAGUGCUGCUCAUUUUUGUCUACCUCAGUAUGAUCUUGCUGUACUUGUUGCCUCGGUGUUUCACUCCCGGAGAAGCGCUGCUGGUUCUUGGAGGUGUAAGUUUUGUUCUCAAUCAGCUCAUUAAACGCUCACUGAAUGUAAUCGAGGGCAGAGGGGAUCCCAUUGACUUCUUCCUUCUGGUAGCAGUUGUUGGAGUUGUUCUUCUUGGUCUUUUUUUCACUGUGCUCUUCAUUUUCAUGGAUUCGGGCACGUGGAUCUCCUCCAUGUUUUUCCACAUGAUGACAGCAGUGUUAGGCUUAGGGGUCAUCAUGCCUUGGCUGUACCGACUGAUCCAGAGGAACCCUUUGCUCUGGCUGCUCCAGUUUCUGUUUCAGACACAGACAAGACUUUACCUUCUUGUGUAUUGGACUUUCUUGGCUGCCUCAGCAUGUGGUGUGGUUUUCUACCAGAAUGCCAAGAGAUCAUCUGAAUCUAAAAAACACCAGGCCUCUACUAUAACCAGGAAAUAUUUCCAUUUCAUUGUUGUAGCUACAUAUGUUCCUGGACUGAUUUAUGACCGCCAGCUCCUCUAUGUUGCUGCAGUGCUGUGUCUGGCAGUGUUUAUCUUCUUAGAGUACGUUCGGUACUUCAGGAUCAAACCUUUUGGACAAACCCUGAGGCAUCUGCUCUCUCUCUUCUUAGAUGAAAGAGACAGUGGACCUCUAAUCUUGACUCAUAUUUAUCUCCUCCUUGGCAUGUCCCUCCCAGUAUGGUUGUUUCCCAGAUCUUGUGCUCCUAAAGGCACCUUGCCUGGGGCAGGAGCACUGGUCCCCUACUCUGGGGUGUUGGCAGUAGGGGUGGGAGACACCAUUGCCUCUGUUUUUGGCAGUACAAUGGGGGAAAUCAAAUGGCCAGGAACAAAAAAGACCUUUGAAGGGACAAUGACAGCUAUUUUUGCACAGAUCAUUGCUGUGGCUCUCAUUCUGAUUUUUGACAGCAGUGUGAAUCUGAACUCCGGCUAUGCCUGGAUUCUGGCAUCCGUGAGUUUGGUUUCUCUUCUGGAAGCUUACACUACUCAAAUUGAUAAUCUGCUGUUGCCUCUCUACCUCCAGAUCAUGCUCAUGGCAUAGAAGCACUUCCAGGAACAGUUUUCUCCCUCCCUAGAGAAAGGUACUAGAAAUGCACUCUAAUGAAAGCUCAGAGCUGAUCUUUUGGUACAGCAGAGAAAAUUGUUGAGAACAGAAAUGAAAAAGACUUAUUUGAAGUAAAGGUUUUGAUUUGGUCUUGUUUUUACCCCAUCAAAAGUAGCCAGAUUUAUGUUCUAACAGCAACAAACAUGACUGAUAAAACAGCACUUGUGUUUAAUAAACCAAUUUAAGUUUCUUCUGGGUGCCCAAGGGAAGCAGAGGAAGAAGAGGUAAGUCAAUUAGAGAGGAAAAAAUAAACAAUCAAGUCUCUCACAUGUUGCUACCUCUGUACUGUACUUUGUUUUCUGUACCAAGUCCUGUGUCUUGUGUUUGAUGUGUGAACUCUGAUUUCUGUAUAAGCAUGAUGUAAAGCAUGUUUGAUAAUGAGGGUGGGCACAGGAACCAGGUACAAGUGUCCGGCUACGUCCAGUCCUCAUCAGCAAGAGCCAACACCACACCACGAUGCACAAACACAACUCCAAAAUCAGCAGCUCCCACAGCUGAGUUAUCCAGGGUGGGGUGUGAAGGUUUGGGAAUGUCAGACAUUGCUCAUUUCUGACCAUACUAAUAAGAACAGUGAAUCUUUAGCCCUGAAGUUUGCUUCAGCAAGAAAAAUGUUUUAUCUUCCUCAAUUUUUAAUCUCUAAAUUAAUUUGGAGUGAAUAUGGGGGGGAAAUUAAGCAAUGUCACAGCUAAAACUAAUUACACAUUAAUCAUGAAAGCAGAAAAUCUGUUGAAGUCAAUAAAAUUUUCUACUAUUAUACUUUCCUACUUUUCACAUUUUUUCAGCCAGAUGUUUUAUCAAAUAAUUUAUAAAAAUGCUUCUAUCAAUAAAUUGACUAACGCUACUGAAUUGCAUCCAUUUAAUUAAAAUUACAGCUAGCAUUUUGUGGCCAAAAAACCCACUUCAUUUCUAUGUAUGAAACCCUUCUGUAUUACAGUCUCUUCUCGCUGGUUUGCUCAGUGUCCAUUAGAACAAAACUCAAAUGUCCUUCCUGUCUCCAGGGAUGUGUCCAAGCAGGAGAUUGUCAUUUCAAGAUUUGAGUUUGCAUCAUGAAGUUCACUUCUGACUCUUUUUUAAUUCACUUUUGGGAACAGGUUGGGGGAAGUCCAAGGUACCUUGCACAACACUGUCCUGCAGGCCUGUAGCUCUGAGAUCGUGCCUUGGGAGGGAGCAUUAGACCAGGGGUGGAGUGAAACCAGUCCCUGGGUCAGCAGAAUUGGCUCCAGAAUCCAAUACUGUAUGCCCAUGAAACAAGCCAGGACUGGAACAGCUGAGCAGCAGCAUUGCCCAAUUCAUCCCCCUGCCUGGGAAGGCUCCUGAGAUUCGGUGCUGUUUUUCCUGAGGAAGCCAGAGUUGGCCAGAGCUGAUAAAUUGUCAGAUACUCUGUUGGAAACCAAGCUCAGUAACUGCUGGGCUGUUUCCUUCACAUUUAACAGGAAAUCUUUCCAAUCA